AUGUCGUCUCUACCGCUUGCUUUAGACCCUGCCGCGUUUUCCUCCACAUCACCCGACCAACUCGAGGCUGAUGAAGCUUUUGCUCGUUUUCUCCAAGAGGAACUCAACCGACCUUCUUCUCCCCCUCUUCCCAGUAUUUCCUCUUCCUCCCGCCCCAUUCCUUUAAACCAACAACCUUCUUCCACUCAUCCAUCCUCCUCUCGGGCUUCCUCAUCCGUGUCCACGCCUUCUCAUUUCGCUGGUUCAUCUUCUUCCUCCCCUCCCGCCAAACGACAUUCCCCCCAACCAUCUUCCCUUCGGCGCUGGCGCCAACAACGUCUUUGGUCUUUUCAAAAUCGUCCGUUUUGCCCUCCUUCCAGGGCCUCCACUUCCACUCCUUCUGCAUCGGCAUCUCACUCUACCCUUCAAGCAUCAUCUUCUUCCGGCUCUCAACAACAUCCAAUUGAUCUCGACGACGAAUUCCCACCUCCGUCUCCUCCUCCACCCUCGAAAGUAUCUCCUUUUGGUCCCUUUGUUACCGCAAAAGAUCUUACUCAUCGUCCAAACGCCUUUCCCUCUCCCAUCCCAUCACCAUCUCCUCCUCCUUCCCUUUCUCCAUCUUAUGAACGAGUCGCUGUCCCAAAGCAUGUCUCUGAUGAACUCCAUAAUCUCUUAGAAGACUCUUACACAUCCCAUUCCGAGUCCCUGGACGUCGGAAAGGUUCAAGAGGACGUUUCCCAAGCCGGCCUCCUUGUUCCCCUCCUUGCUCAUCAGGUGCAAGGCCACAGUUGGAUGCAGUCUAUGGAACAAAGUCCAAAGCACGGUGGCUUGUUGGCCGAUGACAUGGGUCUUGGCAAGACCGUGCAAACCAUCGCCUUGCUCCUGAGCCACCGUUCUUUUGAUCCGAGUCGUAAAUCCAAUUUGAUUGUUGUUCCUGUGGCACUCUUAAGCCAAUGGGCAAGUGAACUCUCACUCAAGGUUCAUCCUUCCAAGCAUUUCUCCGUCUACAUUCAUCACGGCGGUGCUAAAAAAAAUUAUACCAGUGAACAACUCGCUCGUUUCGACAUUGUUCUCACCACUUAUAGCACGUUGUCCCAAGAACUACGGCAAAAAGAGCUUUUCAUUCAACACGCCCAUAGUGGCCGGCUUGUCCCUCCCGCUUCUACUCCCUUUCUAGAUACCCCAUGGUACCGAGUCAUUUUGGAUGAAGCUCAUACCAUCCGCAAUCGUAAUACCCAGGCUGCUAAUGCCUGCUUCCAAUUAAAUUCCAUCUACCGUUGGUGCUUAACUGGUACUCCUUUACAAAAUAACGUCGAUGAGUUGUACAGUCUAAUCAAAUUUUUGAGGGUGAAACCCUAUUCCGUUUGGAGCAUGUUCGUCAAGGACUUUUCUCGACCACUCAGGUCUUAUAGGCAAGAUAUUGUGAAGGCUGCUAUGCAACGUUUGCGCGCUCUUUUGAGUGCCCUUGUCCUCCGAAGAACCAAAAAUACGCAUAUUAAUGAUAAACGAAUUAUAGACCUUCCUGAAAAAUGCGUUCAGGUAAUCCCGGUAUCAUUCACUCCCGAAGAACGCUGCACAUAUGCGGAGCAAAUGAACCAAGCACAGUCUCUAUUGGCCAAUUAUGUCUUGGACCGUUCUUCUACAUAUGGAAACGUUCUAGUCUCCUUACUUCGUCUCCGGCAAUUAUGCUGCCAUCCUUGGCUUCUAAAAGUUAAGGAGCCUGCCGCUGCUUUGAAAGUUUGUGAUUCUGACUUCUCACGAGAAAUAUGUAAAACACUCAGUCCUUCUGUAGUUGAGAGGAUAAAUACAAUUGAAGAUUUCAUUUGCAGUGUCUGUCUUGACUCCACUCUGUCUCCUGUCUUUAUCGUUCCUUGCGGGCAUUAUACUUGUCAGGAGUGUAUGGGGAUGCUUCUGGAGCAUCCCGCUAGCCAGAGUCAACCUGAUCCAAAGUGCCCUAUGUGCAGAGGCACUUUUCCAAAGGACCACUUGGUUUCGGAGAAUACAAUUCAAGCGGUGUUUGGAAGCUUGAAAUCUAUAUCCCAACUUCGAUCACUGCGAAGACAGAAUGAAACUGUAGCAAAAGAAAACGAAGAACAGCAUAGUAUAGAUAAAGUGCUCCUAUGGAAUAAUCGAUAUGAACAAGAUUUUCGAAAGAAGUUCGGGAAGAGGUUGGGUGAAUGUACCUCUUCAUCGAAAAUGGUGAAGUUGUUGGAUAUUAUUAAAGGUGUUAUCGCUAAGGGGACUCAAGAUAAAAUCCUUGUAUAUUCUCAGUUUUCUCGAUAUCUGGACAUUGUUUCUCAUAUGCUACGCACGGAACAUGUGAAUCAUGUUAGAUACGAUGGAAGCAUGUCAUCUAUCCAAAGAGACCAUUCAAUCCAAGAGUUUACUCAUGAUUUGAAUGUUACUGUAAUGUUAAUCUCACUAAAAUGCGGUAGUAUUGGAUUAAAUCUUACGGCUGCCAACCAUGUGAUUUUGCAAGAUCCUUUUUACAAUCCCAGUCUAGAAGAUCAAGCGAUCGAUCGCGUAUAUAGACUAGGUCAGCGCAAACCAGUUACUAUAUAUCGCUUGAUUACAGAAAAUACAGUGGAAGAAAAGAUUGUUGCAGUACAAGAGAAAAAGCGUGAUUUGAUUCAAAAGACGAUGGGAAGCGAACGUAUACAGUCCCUUUCCAGUCUUGACAAGAAAGAACUUAUGUACUUGUUCGGGCUUUAA